AUGCAGAAAAGACAAGGGUAUUGCAGCUAUUGCCGCGUGCAGUAUCCUAACCUAGAACAGCACUUGUUUAGUGCUCAGCACAGAAGCCUGACCAGACAGAGCCGGCAUCGGACAACCACCAACAACAGUCUGAUGGAGCGCUUUUUGCAGGACGUUCUACGACACCACCCAUACAAUUAUCAAGACAACAGGUAAGCAGAAGGAGGAGCAGUAGCAGGAGCAGUAGCAGAGGCAGCAGCAGUAGCAGAUAAUGAUGAUGAUGAUGAGGAUGAUGAUCCUGGGUCCCCUGAAGUGGUUAUCUUGGAUGACUCAGAUGACAAUGAGGAUGACACUGCAGAGAGUAGUGGAGAGGUCUACUCCGAGGAUUCUCAGUCUGUCGAAGAGAUAGAUUGUAGACCUGGUACUUCCCAGGAGUGUGCAGAGGUUGCAGUUCGACCAUCAGUUAUUCAAAGGCUGGAGCGGGGACAGCAGCAGUCCUUGGAGUUGGCUCAGAGAGUUGAGAGUGGUGUGCAGAGAGUUAAUUCAGUCGGUGUUGUUCAGGCUACAACUAGUGGAAAAGGGGUAGUGCGUCCCCCAGUGAUUUGUAAUGCUCCUGCCAGCUCUUUGCCUAGAGGCUCUUUCGAGAGACCAGUUGCGGCUAACAGUGUUCCUCGGUUAGUACUGGCAGUUGCUUCAGAUUCCUUUCCAGCUUGUGACACAGAGAACCUUGAACCAUACUUUGACCCCCCAGAUCAGGGCUCUAGCAAUCCACCAUCUCAGCCCAAACCUAAAGAUCCAAAAAAGAAACCAUUAAAUAUAAAUUUAGACAAAUUGCUUGCCCAGAAAAAUCUCAGAGCUAAGGGUGCAUCUUUUUCCCCUGUUGUACGAGUGCGUGAGCUAACAAGUGCUGAGCUUUGUUCUCUAAGAGUUGAGUCUUCUUCUGAGUCAGGGGCAGGCACAUCAGGAAACCCCAGUGAGAAUGACACACCACCAGAUGCAGCCCGUGAAGGUGCCAUUCCAAAGCGUCGUGAGGCACCUCGUUCAAAUGUGGUUCAUCCCCAAGAAGAAACACGCCCGGUUCUUAACAAGUCACUACUUCUAAAACAGAGGCGCUCAGUGGUCGACCGUGGCUCUCUUCAGCCAGCACCUGGUCAUUCCCAAGCUGCAGUACGUGACUUAAGUCAUUUGGAGGAGGAAGAAGAGGAAGAGGAGGGAGCUGACCAAGAAGGUGAGAGCUAUGAGUCUAGAGGUUCUGACGUGAGUUUUGAUCGUGGGUCCUCUCGUCAGUCACUCAGUGCCCAAUCUGAACUGACCGCUAGGGAAAUAAGUGUGUCAGAAGAUGAUGUUCAGCCUAGGAAUGAAACACCCACUGUUUCUGGAGCAACUUCCAAUAAUGGCAGCAGUUCUAGUCAGGUGCCCAUCAACCGUUCUCCAGUGAUCACACAGAACAUGCAGGUCUUUAGUCUGGUUGAUGAAAGCUAUGAGUCUAGUGGCUCUGAAGUGAAUUUUGAUGAUGACUCACGUCCCUCAACUAGUCGCUGUCCCCCACAGCCUGUGAGAGCAGCAAUGCUUCCUACACAGAUGGCUGUCCGCUUGGUUGACAGCUAUGGAAGCGGCAGCUCUGAACCAGCUGAGGACUCUGGGUCCUCAGCUGAUGAGAUUCCAGCAGCAGUGGGACAGCAACAGCCUCCGAAGAAUGCCAGUGCGCCCCUGGUUGAUGAGAACUACGGGUCAAGUAGUUUUAGUUCUGAUAGUGAUGUGGCUCCCCAAAUGCCUGUUCAAGAAAGAAGCCCAAGAGACAGAGCUGUCCAACAAGAAGAUGAACACCAAUCCAGUAGUGCUGAAGCAUACCCUGAAGGUGAUGGCUCUGUUGAGACAGUGGCUGAUGCCCCCCAGAGAGAAGCAGAAGAAAUAAAUGUUCCGAACCAGAAGAAUACCAGCCGUGGGGAUAUGAACUGUGAGUCUCAUGGUCCUGAAGUGGGUUUUCAUGCUGAUGCUCGAUUAGAGGCUGCUCAAUCUCCAGUAAACCCCGAGGAAGUAGAUCUUGACCUAGAGAAUCAGAGUGUUCACUCUGGCAUGUCUAACCUAAGUUUUGAUUCCCAUGCUUCUUACCAGUCAGCUAACAAUCAACCUCAAGGGGCUUGGGGUGAAUUAAAUCUUGAUGAGUUAAAUGUCGACAUGGAAGUUAAGAGCAAUGCGUGCUCCAGUUCUGAGUUGACAUUUGAUUCCGAUUCCCCUCUUCUGUCAGUUACUGGGCGGUCUCUGCUGGAUUUUGAAGGAAUAAACGAAGACUUUAACCUCGAAGAUCAAAACUGUGUGUCAAGUAGUUCUGACAUAACUUUUGAUUCUGAUAUUCCCGAUGACUCAGUAGCUGACCAACCUCAAGUAGCUGUUUAUGUGGAGGAGCCUGUUGAUCUGCAAAAUAAGAGUAGUGCAUCUUGUGUUUCUGAAAUAACAUAUGAUUCUGAUAUUCCUCUUCAUUCAGGAAAUGAUCACCCUGAAGUAGCUGUUAAAGAAGUAAUCAUUCAGGAAGAAGAAAACGCUCAUUUAGAAGGGAAGAAUGACAACCCCAGUGAUUCUGAGAUAUGUUUGGAUUCUAAUGCCCCUCUUCAUUCAGUGACUAAUUCUCAAGUAGCUGUUCAAAAGAUAAAUUCCCCACAAGAAGAACAGGAACAACAGGAAGAUGGACCUACUGUUUCUGGACUAAGUUUGAAUUGUGGCACUCGUAACUCAACGCCUGGACGUUCUGAAGAUCCCAUUGGAGUCCGUGUUUCUCAAACAAGAUUGGAUUCUCAUACCCCCUUUCAGUCAGUUAUUCGCAAGUGUGAAGUAAUUGUCAGAAAUGUGUGCCAUCAAGAAGAAAAGCAUGCUCAAUUGCCAGGUACAAGUACAGAGUCUCAUUCUGAAAUCAGUUCCGCUGCUUCUACUGCUUCUCAUCCAGCGACAGAACCCUACGUAGGUAAGAAAGCAAAGAGAAAGACAAAGCAUCUUGAGGAAGUCAAGAGUGAUGAUGAAUAUGAUGGCUUUCAACCAACUUUCAGUUCUGAUGUGUUUCCUCAGUUAAUGACUGAGAAACCUCAACCAGCUGCUUUGGAAGAGGGCCAUGCUGACCCAAAAGAUGACAGUACUGAGCUUAGAGGAACUGAAGAAAAUCUGAAUACUGCUGGUUGUCUUGAUUCAGUCAUUAUCCCACCUCAGCUAGCCGUGAAGGAAAACCACGAUGAACUGGAAGACACACACGACAAGCAAGCUGAUUCUACAGCAAAUGUUGAUUCUACCGGCCACUUUGACUCACUGCCUAAAGAGGAUGACGUGAUCACAAAAAUGAAUGAGUGGAAGAAAGAGGCAAAGGUCCUUGAAAAGAAAAUCAGUGAACUUAUCUAUUCAAAACUAAUACACGAUUCUAAUGUUUCUUUUCGUUCUACAAUGGAUCAUCUUGAACUAGCUCUUAAACAAAUAAAUCUUGAUAGUCAUGAUCAAAUGCCCUUGGAAGAUGACAGCCAGAAGACCAGUUCUGAAACAACUUUGGAUUCUGAUUUCUCGGUCCAGUCAGUAGUUGAACCACCUGAAACAACUGUUUCGGAGCCUGAACACGUUGAACUUGAAGGUAGGAAUAACGAGUCUGGUGAUUCUGAGGUAAGCUAUGAUUCUAAUGACUGUGCCCAAUCAGAGGCUGCUCAGCAUAAUGAAAGUGAUGAAAGUGGAAGUCAGAAGGAUAAAGAUGACAUGGAAGGGCAGAGGGAUGAAGCGCAAGGUUUUGGAAAUACAUGUGUUUCCAGUGUUCCUCAGUCAUUGGCUGGCCAGGCUGAAGCUGAAGUCAUUCAGGAGAUCAGCCGUGGGAAAGAUCAUAGUGAUUCGGAAGAUCAGGUUGUUGAAUCUAGUGACUCAAACAUAAACCUUCACUCUGAUGAACCGAUUCAGUCUGUGACUAAUACAACCCAAGAGGCUGUUCAAGAAAUAAAUUUACUGAGGGGACAUGUUAGUCCACAUGAUAGUGACUGUGAGCCCUCUGGCUCUACAAUAGUGUCUGUUUCGAAUGUCAUUUUUUGCUCAGUGAUUCAGAAACCACAACGUUUGCAAAAAGAGUGUACCAGUUUGAACGAAAAGAGCAGCAGUCCUUGUGGUCCUGAAGUGACUGUUGAUUCCCGUGACAGUCCUGAAACGAGUUUGGAUUCCGGUGAACCUUGUCAGUCAGUAGCAGGCCAUCUUCAAAAAACUGUCAAGGAAAUGAAUCUGAAGGAAGACCGUAUUUACCUGGAAGAUAAGAGCUACAAGCUAGUUGAUUUUGAACCAGCUUACUACCCUGAUGACCCUGUUCAGUUUGUGACAGAUCCAUCUGUGGAGGAUGGGUGCAUCAAAGAAGUUAACUUGCAAAAAGAGAAUCAGAAUGACCUAGAAAACGAGACCUUUCAGCCAUGUUGUUCUGAAGUAGCAUGCAGUUCUGGUGUCCAUCUGCAGUCAGAAGUUGACCCACCUCAAGUGGCUUACAGUGAAGCAGACCCCGAGAAGAAAGAGCUUGUCAUAGAAGAAAAGUGCAGCGAGUCUUGUGAGCCUGAAGUGCUGUAUGAUUCCGACGUCUCUUUUCAGAUAGUGGUUAACCAGCUUCAAACAUCAGAUGGAGAAACAGAUUCACCACAGGUGGUGUUUGUGAAUGUUGUGUCCAGUGACAGUGAUUGUGACCGGGAAGUAAUUUCUGACUCAAAUAUCCCUCUCCAGCUAGAACCCGAGCCACCUCAGCUGACCGUCAAAGAAACCAAUGAUAUAAACACAGAUUCUGUUGGUUCUGCAGCGAUAGCAAAGUACUACUGUAAAUCCUGUGGUUGUGAUUAUGAAGCCUCUCAGUCAGUGACAAAUCAAUCCAAGGAAAGUUUCAAAAUAAUCAACCGGAAGAACGACUAUAUUAUUCUGGGAGAUUCCGUCUGUCCGUCUUGUGGUCAUGAACUCAAUUUCAGUGUUGAUGCCUCUGAUAAGCCCACUACCAGCCAAGGGCCUGAUCCUAAUUACGUUGACCGAAGAGGUAAGCACCGUGGCUCUCAAAGUCUUAAAAGAAGUUUCAGUUCGACAUGCAGUUCUCAGCCAGUGACUCGCCAACAACAGAGAAUUGACGAAGACAUCAGUCUUUGGAACAGUCCAAGAUGUAUUAUCUUUCCCCAGAGGAGCUGGGAAUCUGGUAGGCUUACAGCAGACGGUUCUCCCUCUGCUGUGUCAGUGAUCCGCGAGACAUAUGUGUCGAAAAUCCCUUUGAAGUUAGGAGAUGGAGACCUAGAAGACGACAGGUGUGUAUAUGGUACCUACUUUGAGUGUGACCCUGACCAACCUCUGGCUAAGAGACGGUGCGAGCGUAAGAAGGUAACUUUUGACAUGAGAGUGACUAAGUAUGAAUAUAUACCAGUCCCGGAAGAAGGCGAAGAGUUUCCAGAAGGUGAUCCUAAUCAACUAGUCCGUGAAGCCUCACCUCAGGUGAGCGAAACUCCAUCUCAGGUGGGCGAAACUCCACCUCAGGUGAGCGAAGAUGAAGUGAGAACAAACACACAGGAAUUUCAAGGUCAUGUCUAUAGUUAUGAUGAUUGCUCUGAAACCAAGAAAAUUAUUUUGAAUGAAGAAGAAAAGGCCGCCUUGUUUAACUUUUAUCAGAACGCUCCAUCAGUUCACACUCUGCCACAUCUUGAAUAUACUGAAGGCAAAGUUGGAGACACCAGCGACUUCUCUGUGGCCGUAGUUACACCAUCUUGUUCUCAAGCAGAGGGGCUUCAGCAGCAACAGGAGCAUGCGGCUUCUGAGAACCAGGUAGAAGAAGUCAGAUGUGGAACUCAAGAAAGUUCUGGGAAGAAAAGAAAAAUGUCAGAACAAGAAGACGACUUACCAAAAAGAAAGCACUUCCAUCAGGACAGCCAGAAAAAAAAAAAAGAGCAAACUGAGUUACCAGUGCCACAAACUAAAGAGCCUGCCCAGCCCGACAACUUAGUCUAUAUUUUCUCUUCUCUAAGUAUGAAGGAAGAUCAGUCUUUGAACCCACCUAAAGCAAAGCCUGGCAGUGACAAGAAUUUACAGUUCAUACACAGCGCUCCUAGUGCACCACGUAAGAAAACUGUAAUUAACCCUCCACAGAACCUAACGGUACCAGAGCAUGACAGACAGGAGGUAGCUGGCAGUGAUCUUAGUAGGAAUGAUCCAAGGUCCAGUGCAGGACAGAAUGGUGCCAACAGAUCAAGCUUGAUUUCAGCAACUAAGAUGGCAAUGCCGAAGAAAAGAUGUGUGUUGAGAUACCUCGGGCUCAUUCAGUCUUCAUAUCCAGAAAAUUCAGGUGUCGGUGCUACUGCAACUCCAAAGGACAAUGUCCAGCAGACUCAUUCAAAUCAGGACAGUGCCAAAAUUCCUCCCAAACCAGUUCAAAAGGAGGUUCUUGAUAGUAAAAAUCCAAGGAAAUUCUGGAAAAAGAAGUUGGCAGCGAUACAUCAAUCAAACUUACUCAAGAAUGCUUUCAAAACAGUGGUUCUCCGGAAAAAAUCAAAACUAGCUUCAGAAAAACUGGCUAUUUGGAUUCGGCUGAAAGCAAACGACGUCGUUAGGAAGUAUGUUUCUACAUGCCCUAGUGUGCCCCGGAAGCUUCAGUCAAAGACUGUUCUUAUUCGAAGGCAACUGAGGAAGAAGAAAUUGGUCGCCAGGAAGAUAAAGGAGGUCAAGAGAGCAGCUGCAGCGGCGCGGUUGAGCCUUGCCCUUCGCCCAGCUGUUGCUGAAGAGCACUCAAGCGCUCCUGCCCCGCCUGUAGAGCUGCCUACUACUACUACUACUCACUACCGGAAAAGGCGCUACCGAAGAAAGAAGAAACUUCUUCCUGUGAGAGAAUAUGACCUGAGAAGCUCCAGUUCCUCAACAAGUACCGACAGGAUGGUGACCAGGCUUGCAAGCAAAUCCCGAAGCAAUGAGGCAAAGUAG